UUCAUACAUUCAGCGUGGUCGACUAGCAGACAGAAUAAUUUUACAUCAAUAGCUAACUGAUUAUUUUAAUUUUGUGUUUUAAAAGCUUUAAAAUGACUAUAACUAUUGGAUUUGAAGGUAGUGCGAAUAAAUUAGGUAUUGGAAUUAUGAAAGAUGGUGAAGUUCUUGCUAAUCGCAGAGCAACAUAUGUAACUCUUCCCGGCGAAGGCUUUCUUCCUAGGGACACUGCUCGUCAUCAUCAGGCUCGUAUACUAGAUUUAGUACAGCAUGCACUGGAAGAUGCAAAUAUUAAAGGAACUGAUGUUGAUGCAGUUUGUUACACAAAAGGUCCUGGAAUAGCAGCACCCUUGGUAUCUGUAGCUAUAGUUGCUCGCACACUUGCUCAGUUAUGGAAUAAACCCAUUAUUGGAGUAAAUCAUUGCAUUGGUCACAUUGAAAUGGGUCGAUUAGUAACAGGUGCAGAUAAUCCAAUAAUUUUGUAUGUCAGUGGAGGAAAUACGCAGAUUAUUGCUUACAAUCAAAGACGCUACAGGAUAUUUGGGGAAACAAUCGAUAUAGCUGUUGGCAAUUGUUUAGAUAGGUUUGCAAGAGUUCUUAAGCUCUCGAAUGAUCCCAGUCCAGGAUACAAUAUUGAACAGUUAGCUAAACAAGGGAAGAAAUUUAUUCCAUUACCAUAUUGUGUUAAAGGCAUGGAUAUAUCAUUUUCUGGUUUACUUUCAUUCAUAGAGGAGAGGGCUAAUACACUUUUGGCAUCAAAUCAUUGCACAAAAGAAGAUUUAUGUUUUUCUUUGCAAGAAACUGUGUUUGCAAUGCUAGUUGAAAUAACAGAACGUGCCAUGGCUCAUUGUGGAUCUAAUGAAGUUUUAAUAGUUGGAGGUGUUGGAUGCAAUGAAAGAUUACAAGAAAUGAUGCAAAUAAUGGCAGAAGAAAGAGGGGCAAAGUUAUUUGCAACUGAUGAAAGGUUUUGUAUCGACAAUGGGGCAAUGAUUGCACAAGCAGGGUGGGAAAUGUUUCGAUCGGGUCAAAUAACAGAUUUUGAAGAUUCUACAUGUACCCAGAGGUUUCGCACUGAUGAUGUUGAAAUAACCUGGCGUGACUAAUGACGACUCAUCUGAAUAUAAUAUUGUAUAUAUUUUAAUUAUUAUUAAAAGUUUUUAUUUUAUUUA